GUAUUUAUUUAAUUAACGUAUCUAUUUGAUUUUUGUUUUUAGCCAUAUUUCUCUUCAUAACUUUAUCCAUUUUAGAUCAAAGUUGUGUACAUCUGCAGAAUGUAACCCAUUGCCAAUAUUUCUGGACAAAUUACGUUGUGUAUUCACUACCUACUUAAAUUGAAGCCAUCAUCAUGAAUCGUGGAGGGCAUGCAGAGCCUACUCCUCCGGAGUGUGCACUGGCUGCAGAAAUGUUUAAUCAUUUCUGUUCAGCUGGCACUAUGAAGCAAAUUUUAGGGUUGCAUAGAGAAAUUUGUGCGACCCUCAACUUAAAACCUAACAGGCUCCCAGAUUUUUAUCCAAAGUUAAAGGCGAAACUUGCAAGUUCUUGGAAGGCGCAAGCUGUUUUCAAAAAAUUCGACUUGCGUGCGAACCUUAAACUAUACAGCAAAGGGCGCGCUUGUACGCAAAAUAAGGUGCUCAUUAUAGGCGCUGGACCUUGCGGCCUACGCGCGGCUAUUGAAUGUCAACUUCUCGGUGCCAAAGUGGUUGUAAUAGAGAAACGAGACCGCGUCUCCAGGAAUAAUGUGCUACAUUUGUGGCCCUUCGUUAUCCAUGACUUACGAGCCCUCGGUGCUAAGAAGUUCUUCGGAAAAUUUUGUGCUGGAUCCAUAGACCAUAUCAGUAUAAGGCAGUUGCAGUGCAUUCUUUUGAAGGUUUGUCUUUUGCUGGGUGUAGAAGUCCACGAAGGAGUUAGCUUCGAAAUGCUGUUGGAACCCACUGUCACGAAAAAAUUUGAAAGCUUAGGGUGGCGUGCUAGCGUGACGCCGCCGGAGCAUCCCGUGUCGCAGUACGAGUUCGACGUGUUGAUAGGUGCCGACGGUGGACGCAACACGCUGCAAGGGUUCAAACGCAACGAGUUCCGCGGCAAGCUGGCGUUGGCCAUAACUGCGAACUUUAUAAACCGACACACUGAACAGGAGGCUUCGGUGCCAGAGAUCAGUGGAGUCGCAUUUAUUUUUAACCAGAAAUUCUUCAAGGAGUUAUAUGAUGUAACAGGCAUCGAUCUGGAAAAUAUAGUUUAUUACAAGGAUGACACACACUAUUUUGUCAUGACUGCUAAGAAACACAGUCUGAUUAACAAAGGAGUGCUUUUAAAUGAUUAUGGAGACGUAACGCGGUUGCUCAGUAUGGAUAACAUGGACCGCACGGCUCUAAUGCGUUACGCGCGAGAGGCGGCUCGCUUUUCAACCGACGGCCGCCUGCCGCUGCAAGACUUCGCGCUCAAUCACUACGGCGAACCUGAUGUGGCCCUUUUCGACUUCACAUCUAUGUUCGCUGCAGAAAACGCCUGCGUGGUGUACGAGCGGCGCGGCAAGCGGUUGCUUUGUCAACUAGUCGGGGACAGUCUGUUGGAGCCGUUCUGGCCGACGGGGUCGGGCUGUGCGCGCGGCUUCCUGUCCGCUUUCGACGCGGCGUGGGCGGUGCGCGCCUGGGGACAACAACCCGCCCCGGACCCGCUCGUGGUCAUAGCUGAGCGAGAGUCCAUCUACAGGCUUCUGGCACAAACAACGCCGGGGAACCUUCAUCACCAGUUUGGGGCGUACACCCUCGAUCCAAGAACUCGGUAUCCAAAUUUGAACAGAGCUGCAGUGACUCCUCAUCGAGUAAGAGCACUGUUCGACACCGACGAGCCACUGAAUAUAGACGCUACUCCAUCGCCCAAGAAGAGACGCAGAGAUCCGGAAAUAUCUGAGGACGCUUUGGUUGCUUGGGUCGGGUACUCCUCGCCGGGCUUGCAAGCGGCGACCAGUUCUGCGGCACUCUGUGACCUACUGAGGCGUUACCGGCCAGACCUUUUGCCAGCCUCUUCACAAUCACAAUCCGUUUAUCAUAUACUCCAUGAGGAAUUCGGAAUACCACCGCUGAAUGAUACCGAUUCUAACGAAGAUGUCCCUGAGGCAACUCUCCGAUCCUACCUGCUGCGAGUUUACCACGCCUUCAAGGGUGAAGUACCUCAUAUAUUCCACAAAACGGACAUGUUUGAUCAGAUAAAAAAGAGUCAACAGGUCGAGAAAAACAAUCGCAAUACACUUGACCGAUCAGUUUCCGCUUAUUCAAAUGCCGGAGACACUGAAACACAUUCUAGUUACAAGAAAAAGCGUCGCUUUGUUCGUCCUGCACAAGAGGAGAGGCGUUCGGUGGGGAGCGGCGCGCGGAUGUCGGGCCGCGGCGCUCACGUGGCGCGUCUAGCGGCCGAGCUUUCCGGCACCACGCCCUGUGUGGCCGCGACCCCUUCGCAGUCCAAGCCCAGAGACCUCAUGCGAUCCGUUGGAAAAAUUGAACGAGAAGAUUGGAACGUGAAAUUGAUUGAGCAAAAGAUCUUGGAGAACAAACUGGGCCGACCCGAGCCUAAAGCCGCCGAAAAGGUCCCUAAAUGGGACAGAGAACAGUUUCUGGGGCGACAGCGGCGUUUGAAAGAAGGGGACACAACUGAGGAGAAGUGGGGAGAAAUCGACGAAACUUUCCAUAAAAUAGAUGAGAAGCUUAAAGAUUCCGGACGACCACUUCAUGGUACUAAAAAGGUUGCUAAUCUUGCUACGAAGUUUGUCAAAGAGGUCAAACCGGUCGUUGACAAGCAAGAAAAACAGCAGAAGAAAGAAGAGCCUCGGAAGCCGUGGCGCAGCGGCGUGGCGAGCGGCGCGCGAUGUGCGGUGUGCGACGCGCGCGUGUUUGCAGCCGAAGGCGUGACGGCGGACGGGUUGCAACUGCACCGCGCCUGCUUCCGCUGCACCGUCUGCCACACCGUGCUCAGGCCGGGAAACUACACAACGGAGAACUUCGGCAAACGAUUGGUCUGCCUCCGUCAUUCGGGUUUGGAUGUGUUGGACUGCUCCGGGAGCGCGGUGGCGCCGCCGGUGCGCGUGGAGGCGCCCACCUCUACUCCGGAGCGCAUCAGCCUUGAGCUGUCGGACGGCGCGCGAGAGAUCGACGAGGACGAGUGGACUGACCGGAACUUCCUCGCCUCGGAGACGUCUGGUGCCGGCGGGCUAAGUGACGAGGAAGAGUCGAGUUCGGAAGACGAAUACACGGAUGCCGAGAGUGACAACGACGCGGAAGAUUCGCCUGCGCCCGCGCUAGUAGACCCAGACAGUCCGAAGAUAUACAACACGUAUAUAUCCGACGAUUCCUUUGGCUAUGACGACUAUUCGGACGAUGAGGUGGUGUCGUCGGGGAUCGACGAGUCGUGCUCGCGGAUGCGGGCGGCGCGGGAGGCUCGCCGGCGCGAGGUGCCGGCUGAAGCGCGCCCGCCAACCGACACCAGCGGCGAGGUGGAGUCAGAUGAAGAAACUGAGAGUAGUGAGGAGGAGAUAUCGUCGGCAACAGAAGUGUCAACAGACAGUGAGUUCGCUCGGGAGGAAUCCGUGCCGGCACCUUCCCCGCCCGCUAUUCUCGUAACGGAGGCUCCGGCCCCGGUACCUCCCCCCCUACACGACUACCCGCUGAUAAGGACGCGCUCGGCCGGAGGUCUAGCCACCAAACGUGCAUUAGAAUUGAAGAGGAAAUAUUUACUAGGAGAACCCUCCCCACCAGUCGUUAGAAAAUCAGAUUCAACUUCACAGCUUGAUACUAAGUUAGAAGCAUUCCGGUCAACUAUAACGGAAUUUCAAAAACUAUUACAUCCCGCUCCUCCACAGGUACAAAAGCCUGUCGUAACGUUCCAAUUGACGACAGAUGAGAAAAAGCCUAUGCCUGAUAUCAUACAAAACUUGUGCACCGUCGCACCUGUUGAUCUACUUACCAAAGGAGAUUUGUCACUUUGUAAAACCGAUUGGACAGAACCUACAAAACAAGAAGAGAAAGAGCUUGAGAUAGAAUCCGAUUCGCUCUCUGAUGAAGAUUCGUCACAUACGCAAACAUUACCAGAUCGGUCAGUGCCUAGAGUCGAAGUUCAUGAUGAAGGCGGGGAGCUUAUACAAUUAGACAGUUUGAUGAUUAUUAGUAGUAGUGCUGAAGAGAAUGAGAAGGGAUCAGGUACAGCAACUGCAACCGGUCCUACGGUAUUGGCGGCUGAAUCAGAAUCGUCAGAUUCCUGUAGAGAUGCGACUACAUUAGCUCUAACUGAGACGGAAUUAUCAGAUUGGGCAGCUGAGAGUGGAGUCUUAGAUGAUUGCGCCUUUGAUGAAAAAGACGACAGAAAGAGAAACAAAAAUCCAAGAAGUCUUAGUGGGCCUAAAUUAAUUCAUGAGACAAAAAAUAUAUCCGCUAUUGCAUCACAUGUCUGCGGAAAAACUAGCCCAGUUGAGCCAAUUGUAUUUUCCAAUGCACUCGAUCAUUUUGAAUUUGUUGACGAAGGAGACCAAGAUCCUUCUAUCGAAACUCCAGCGACACCUCGAAAUGAAGGCUACAUGGAAUUGGUUGACGAUGAGUAUGACCAGUACUCUCCUAAUAAAGAUAGAUCAAUGAACUUCAUCGAAAGAAUUUCGGAAACCACGGUCAAGCCGCCCAAUUUAGAGGAAAAUAUAGAUUAUGACAUUUCUGAGGAAAUUAAAUAUAUAGAUGAUCAAGAUUCUAAAACCGAAAGUUUGCCUAAAGUUGAAAAUUUAAUUUCUUCGCUUGCACUAACUCAAAUGAGUGAACCUUUAGAAAAAAAGGUUGAACCCAGCGAUAGAGACUUUUCAAUUGUUGUGGUAGCCAAACAGAAUUGUCUACUUAAUAAACAUAAUUUUGAAUGUAAAACUGAAUCUGAUAGUAAAUCUAACAAAUCGCAAUCAGCAGAAAUCAAUAAUACAAAUAAACGCGAAUUACCAAAUAGAAAUGAAUCUAAAAGUGAAGUUUCCCUCGAAGAUAUAUCGCCACCUCUAGCAUCUGAACAACUUGACAUCAGUAUUACGUAUAAUAUUAGUAAACCAACAAACCCGAGCAGUAUUAGAAUUUAUGCACCAGCAAUUUGUAGGUCUGCUAGCGAGACUUUCAAUAUAAACAUCCAGGCUGCAGUGCCGAUGAUUAAAAUAAAUCGAAGCCCAUCGUACCAUUUAAGUUCAGAUUCGAUGACCGCAAGGAGUCCGCCGCCGAAACGUGAGACUAUAGAAAAAGUACAAGAGCUGAAGAAGGAGAGGGAGGAGCAAACUGAAGUAGUGAAGAGACUCGUGCUGGAAAGGUUGGGUAACGGGCAGCGGAAGUCGUCGCGUCGGAGCAGAGCUCGCCCGUCGAGCGGUGUGCCUCCCCCCGUGCCUCCGCCGCCCGCGCCGCCCUCGCCUUCCCCGCCGCCCCCGCCCCGCCCUGCGCCGCCGCCCCCCCUCACGCCUCUGCCUGUUACUCCUUCAUUUUCCGACCCCGACCUGACUCAACAGAGACGGCGGAAAGGUUUUAUGAGGAGCAUUUCGAAUUAUAUUAACAGGCGGCUCGGACCUCGGCAAAAGUGUGUCUCGGAGCCGGACCUGACGACGCACGUAAGCAAAGCAUAUCAAAUACAGUAUCGUGAACUCCAAGAGUCUCCAAAAAGCCAUCGCUGUGAGGCUCACAAGUCGACGGGGGCAUUGCAAGAGGCUCCGCCAGUACCGCCGCCGCCUGUAAGCUACACCCCGCCCGCAUCGUGCUCUCCGCCGCGUUGUCCUGGAGCUGCGUAUGAGGGGAGAGUGAGGGAACGCGCGGGGGACGAGGACGAGCGCGAUGCUAUGCAGCUGUGGUUCGAGGCACGAUGGGCGCGGCUGGUAGCGCAGAGGCGUGCGCGGGACGAUAGCCGCGACGAACCUGUUGCGCGACGCGUCGCUCGACUGCAGCGGCGACUCUCUCGCUCCUUGUCUGCGGAACAGCAAGCGGCGACAGUGGCUGAGCUUGUUCAAGUUUCUGCACAACGCGAUGCACACCAAGCUCUGGUAGCAGCUGAUAGAAGGCGAUACGCAGCAAGCGAUGCCUUGGGGCAUUAGAGUAUAUUAUAAACUAGAUCUCAUGUAAGUCGUAUGGUGACACAAUUUUUUCAUAUUUUGAAAAAUAUUGUCGUGUCACUUUGUUUUAGGACGUUGUGUACAAUGACAAGAUAGCCAAAGCAAAUAUUCAAUUACUAUUAUAUAUAUAAUAAUUAUAUAAUCGGUAAAUAGUGUAUUAUAGAGAUAGGCUAGGUAAUCAAACUCACGGCGCUUGCCACGACGAUUUUAUAUGCACUGAAUGCGACGAUGCAGCCACAAAAUUGAAACUCCAGUGAAAAUGUCUGCAGUACUUAAGUAUUUGAUACCGAAAAAAAUAAACUACAAAUGAUUAUGAUUAAGUGCAUGUAUAGCCUGGCAAGAAA